AUGUGGCUCUUCCGCGUCUUCUCGUCGGCCGUCUUCCUCACCGUGGUCGUCUCCUCGAUCCCACUGGCCUUCGAUGUAGGCGGCAAAGUAUGCGGUCUGGCCUUUUCGCUAUCUCUCGCCACGUUCUACUUCCUCUUCUCGCUGUUGAAGGUCUCCACUCCCGACCGCUCGUGGUUCCGUUCCUCUCUGGUCGUCGUGGUUAGCUCCACACAAUGGAUCUUGAUCCCGAUUCUGUUGAUCUGGUCUUUGAAUCGCUUCUCGGUCGAUGCGGACAGUACCGGUGGAUGGGUUGAGCGCACUUUCACAGGAGAGAGGGCAGCGGACAGUUCAAUCCAAGAGUGGCUCUUUGGUCGGGAUGGUUUGGUGGAGACGGUGACCCUGGGCAACUGGGAUCGACUGCUGCGCUGGUCCACCCCCGUGUUCCAGCUCGUGGAGGGCUUCUGUAGCUUGCUGGUUAUCCAGGCUGCUGGCCAAAUUACGCGUUGGCUGGUGAAUCGAGGUGGGCGAAGUGACAGCUGGAUGAUUGGCCUUCUCGUUCUCUCUGCGACCGUCAUUUCCAGCUCCGUCUACUUCCUCUGGCGCGUCCUCCAGUUCCCUGAAAUAUCCAAUGUUGAUGCGGCCUUGAUCGGUGUCUCUAUCACAUGUGCAGUCAUUUUGUGCGCUUGGGGUAUUGGCAGCGGACGUGGAAACCCCGUGGAGAGCUCUCUGCUCUUCGCCUACAUCGUCCUAUGUAUCUACCAGAUCUUCACGGACUACAAGCCCUCGUACCCGGUCGAGCAGGCUCCUUCGCCCUCGCAAGCGGGUGAAUUCCCCCCGCUUCCACCAAUUAUCAUGGCAUCGUACACCACUCUCAUGCACGCGCUAUCUCUGUUGCCUUCAAUCAUCCACGCCGCAUUCAACGUCAUCACCGCCGUCUUCAGUGCCGUUACCCCGUCAGUUCUGAUUUCACUCGCGUACCGGUUACUCGUGUUGUACGCGUCAACGCGCAUUAUCCCCGCCGUGCGGGAAUCUGGCGCUCGCGCACUGUCGCAGGAGGCCUCUCUGGAUGAUACUGACGCGGCUGGCCAGGUUCUGGGAUUCCUGAGCUAUUUCGCCCCGUCUAUUCUCAUCGCUGUUUACACGAGUCUUUUGAUGCAGCACUUCUCGUCUGCAUCGCAAGCUAUGGGCGGCAGUGGUGAGUGGUGGAGCAGCCAAGGAGCCGGUGGAGGCAACCUUUGGAGAUGGAUCAACCUUGCUUGUACUAUGGGCCUUUAUGCGGUCGAGCUUUGGCUCGGAGAGCAUGACGACCUGGACAAUGGCCUGGCUGGGCAUUGGAAGACUGAUUGA